CGCUGUGCUGAUGAGUGCAGUGGGAAUUGGCGUUGGCAAGAGGCGCGCGCGACGGGACAGACCGAGGCGCAGAAGAAGCGGCUUUGCCAUUAUAAACAAGAGACUCGUUAGUUACGGUUUUAAAAUUUGACAUUUCUCGGCGUUUUAAUAUCAAACAUUAAACUCUAGCAACUUUUAAAGAUAUACUAGACAUGUUAAACACGAUUAUCUUGACGAAAAUAUUUUAGUUCUAUUGUAACGGCUCAUAUUUUAAUUCAUUUUGAGCGUUAUGAAGUUACUGAGCGUCAUGGAAAAUGCAGAGAUAAUAGUUUUAUGCGAUUUUAGUUAAACGGGAUAUGACCAUGGACGCAGUUGCACCGUAGGUCUCUGUCGGACGUUGCUGUGAGAGAGAGAUGGGAAAAUGGGAGUUAACCAUGGACCCUGUUCAGGAGUGGGGUGAGGAGUUUGAGGAUGGUGCCGUGUUCGGCAUCACACUGCGCAGAGAGCGAGUGCAGCAGUCAGGCGAGGCGGCCGAGGCCUCUCCCUGCUGUGCGUACGUUCAAUACCGUACAUCUAAAGUCCGGAGGCUGAAAGCAGCCACGCUGAACCGUGUGGUGGAUCACCUGCUUGAUCCCUGCUGCCAAGAGCAGGACUAUGGGAGGAUACUUCUUUCUACAUACCGCACCUUCAUCAGCACCAACAAACUCAUCGAGCUGCUUUUCCAGAGAGACAGUCUUGACUCUGAGCUGGACAACAGCAAGUGUCAUAAGAGCUCUCUAUGGACUCUACUCCAGACCUGGUUGGAUGAGUUUGCUGAGGAUUUCAGGGAUCCUCCAAUGCACUCUUCGUUGCGCUUAAUGUGCCUGCAGCUGAGGCGACACACCUCUCUUUCGGCCCUGGCCAAGUGCUAUGAGGCUCUCCUCAAGAAAUUCCAAUCAGAAGGUGUUGUGAAUAACGAUCAAGCCGGUGGGGAACAGGAGCCGGAGUUGAGUCAGGGAGAGAAGGACUUGGAUGAUGUAAGCAGUCAGGCAGACUUCAUGGACUUCUCUGUCACAGAACUUGCAGAACAGCUCACCAGACAGGAUGCUGAGCUGUUUGUGAAGGUGGUGCCCUUCCAGUGUCUGGGCUGUGUGUGGUCUCAGAGAGAUAAGAAGGAAAACCUCUCACCCACCAUUCGUGCUACCAUCUCCCAGUUCAACGCUAUUACUAACCGUGUCAUCACCUCACUGCUUUGCCCAUCCACCUCUCCCUCUUCCACUCCAUCAUCCACUCCGAACCAGAGAGCAAGAAUCAUCGAGAGAUGGAUACGAGUUGCACAGGAGUGCAGGCAGCUGAAGAACUUCUCCUCCCUGAGGGCCAUUUUGUCUGCGCUGCAGUCCAACCCGAUUUACAGGCUGAGGAAGACCUGGGCUGCAGUAAGCAGAGAAAGUGUGAGCACCUUUGAGAACCUGUGUGAAACUUUCCCAGAUGAGAACUGUGUGUUGACCAGCAGAGAAAUCCUUGUGGAGAUAUCUAGAAUACAUCGUGCUUCUGCAGCAGUCCAGGAUGGGAACCAGGCAGCCAUGGACAAUAUUUUACCCAAGACAUCCAAGCAGUGUCCCCUGUCCAAACAGAUGAACACCAACAAUGGAGUUGUGCCUUACCUGGGAACAUACCUCACUGUACUCACCAUGCUGGAUACAGCGCUGCCUGAUACUGUGGAGUGUGACUACAUAAAUUUCGAGAAGCGCAGGAGGGAGUAUGAGAUUCUGUGGCAAAUCCGUCAGCUCCAAGCAUCUUGCUCUCAGUACACUUUACCAGACCAUCCUCAGAUUGCAGCCUGGUUACAGUGUCACAGCCUGCUCACAGAUCAGGAGAGUUAUGAGUUGUCCAGACAGCUGGAGCCUCCACUUGACAGCUGUUCACCGUCCAGCGGUACAGCCUCGAAUCACCGUUCACUCACCAAAAGGCUGACUUCCCUCCUGAAUGUGACUGACAGCUCCAAAAAGAAUGCUGACCAAAUUAGUGUCUCAUCUUCUGGAUCCAGCAGCUCUGAAAUGGAGGAUCUCUCCACAAAUCAGUCAUCUCCUCUUGGAGCACAGUCACUCUCAAGCUCCUGCCAAAACAUGGCUGACAGCAUUUCUUCCUCUUCUCCUACGGACUCUUCUGGCUCCUCCACCAGCUCCCAGGCCGAACUCAUUCUCUCUUCACCGGCCACUUCAUCAACUCCAUCCAAGCCUGGCCAUAAGCGCUCAGUCUCCAUGACCUCGCUGCCCCUGUACAACAGGCAGGUGGCCGACUCCUGCAUCAUUAGGAUCAGUGUGGAGAGCGGCAACAAUGGCAACAUGUACAAGAGCAUCCUGCUGACUAGUCAGGAAAAAACAGCCCAGGUGAUCGAGAGGGCCCUGCAGAAGCACAACCUGGAGAACGCCAGUGUACAGGACUUCAGUCUCGUCCAGAUGUUGGCUCAAGGCAAAGAGCUUAUCAUUCCAGACAAAGCCAACGUCUUCUAUGCCAUGUCUACUUCAGCCAACUAUGACUUUGUUUUACGUCGUUGUCCAAAAGGCCAGCGGAAACAACUCACACGCUCAGCAUCAAUGUCAGCAGGCCGGUCUACGAAAUAACAGAGCUCAGGAGAACUCGUGAUGAGAAGAAACUGAAUUUGCUUAGAAAUCGGCACGAUACUGAAAUGCCACUGAACUUGUUAUGGUUUCAGUUUUUAUAUAUGAAAUGUACAUAGAAUAUAUGUAAAUAGUCAAACAUAUUUAUGCUUAUUUAAUGGUUGCUAUUUGCUACCUGACAGAUAUUUUUCUAAUAAUGACAAUAAGUUAAUAACUGCUCACCUUGAACUUAACUGAACACUGAUUUCAGGGAGAGUUGAGGCAGGACACAUGGUUCUAACCUGCCAGAAGUGUAGAGGCUUUAUAUUGAUAAAAUUCUAAUAGUGGUAUAUUGUGUGCACUGGGUUGUAGCAGUAAGAUUCCUAAUCCCACAAGUCAUCUCUGUCUUUGAGAAAAAGUCACAGCGGCUACAGAACCAGUGUAAUAUGCAGCACAAACACUCAUCACAUGGCCUGAGUUUCGCUGUCAGUUUCUGUCAAACUGAGCAUGACUAUCACCUCAACGUUGCAGUCUUUGCAUACCAGAUUACAUAAUCAAGAGCUUCAUAGUAUUGUAGAAUUUAUAGCCUGUACCAUUUUCUCAUAAAGCAUAAUGAAUUUACACAAUUACUUCUUUUAGUGUGGACCUGAAAUUCAUUUCGGUACUACUGAGGCUCUUUCCCACUUACUUCAUUUUGCUGAUAAUUUGAUAAUUUGCAUCCUUUCUGUUUAUAAGACUUAGGUGAUACUUAAGAGGCUGAUAAAAAGCUAGCACAUGUCCUGUACUGCAAAUAUAGUUGAGUGUGUAUCACAUGUAGACAUUACAUUAACAUUUAAUGUCAAAUGUCAUGUUUAUACCAACAAGUUUCUUUUUUUUAACCACAUAUCUGAUGUAUCGUUGAUCCUUUCAGUGUCUUUGUAGAGCAACCUGCCUUUCUUAUGAUCAAAUUAUAUAUGGACAGCCAUUUCAGCAAGUUCCCACUUCAUAUCUUGAGAAAUCAUGACAAAAAGUAAGAUGUACUGCCUGUCUUUAAACUAGAUAUAGGUGACAGAGAAGAUCACAAUGUUCCUUUGCCAUAGCGCAGCACCAUGGUGAUAUCGAUUAGGCGUGUACCUUUUGUGUGCGUGUGUGCAUGUGUACGUAUGUGUGUGUGUGUGUGUGUGUGUGUGUGUGUGGGAGAUAAAGGUACUGCACUAACAGGCACAGUGACAUUCCACCGUCACACUGCAGAGUGAUAGAAGUCUAAUCAGCAGUUGCUACAAUGUUUAACAAUUCCACUGAAAUGUCUUGCACUUUCAUGCACUUGUUCCUGACUGAGGCUUUAGAGAAAGUCUGAUACUACCACUGAUAUCUAUUUAUUCUUUAGUGCUUUAAAAUAACACAUUGAAUUUCUGUGCAGUUAUUAUAGGAGAGAUAUAUUUUCUUGUUCCUAACCACAGAUGUAUUCUUUGACUCUGCUGUUUAAAGUAGAUUUGUUCUUACAAAAGAGAAAUAUUGUGUAGUAUCCAAUUCAUUAUUCUUAGGAGAAUCAGAAACAGACUUUGAGUUUAGUAACAUACUUGGAGAAGAAAUUAUCACACUGAUCAUUACUGUAUUAUAGUGUACUGUAUUUUGGACUUAUUCCACUCUGCAAUCCAUAGCAUUUCAUUGGCUUACUGUAGAUACUGCUUAUGCAUGUACAUGUAGCACUUCACUAAAGAUUAAAAUGAACUUAAACUGUU